AUGGCGGGAUCCAGUACAUCGGAAAUCAUCUUUAUCUCCAUAAGUCACAGCAUCACCUUAAUAGGAAAAGUGUGGUUCAUCGUGAUGAUCUUUCUGCGCGUCCUCAUCCUCAUCCUUGCUGGUUACCCUCUCUACCAGGAUGAACAGGAACGAUUUGUAUGCAACACCAUUCAACCAGGCUGUGCCAACGUGUGCUAUGACAUGUUUUCUCCGAUAUCCCUUUUCCGCUUCUGGCUGGUACAACUCAUCACCUUAAGUCUGCCGUACAUCAUCUUUACAAUCUAUGUGAUCCAUAAGGUGUCAAAUGGCCUCACCGUAGCCGUGAGCUCCACGGGUCCAGGUGAAACUGUUCAGCUGUGUAAGAUGCAGCAAGAGCUGCUCAUCAAGACAGCUGGAAAAAGGAAGUCCUCGAGAAUGGAGAGGGGGUCGGUCCGAUACUUCACAGGUGCAUACAUACUUCAAUUGAUGUUACGGACAUUUCUGGAGGCUGGAUUUGGAGCUGCUCACUACUACAUGUUUGGGUUCUACAUCCCCAGGAGGUUUCUGUGUCAGCAUCCUCCAUGCACCACCCAGGUGGACUGCUACAUCUCCAGACCCACUGAGAAGACUGUGAUGCUCAACUUUAUGCUUGGUGUGGCGGCCCUAUCUCUCUUCCUAAAUGCUCUGGAUUUUGUUUGUGCUAUCAAGCGCUCCGUAAGGCUGAAGAGGAGGAGAAAAGUCUUGGAGAUUGUUUAUGAGGAGGAGCACAAUUUCCUGGGGACCUCGAAUUCAAAUUCUUCCUUGAGUCGUCAAACUCGGGAAAUAAAUUCUGAACCUCUGAGCUGCAACACCAAUGGAAACAAUGGCUACUCUGCUUCCCUCGAAGAGGCUCUUCAGAGGGAAGGUGACGGGCGGGCUCUCUGUCCCUUAGAGCCGACGGGGACUCCCAAAGCCAUUUGUGUUAACAAACGCAGCAGGCUCAAACCACCACCACCACCCAGGCGGGACCUUGGGGUGUUACCACGACCCAGCAGAGAUGAACCCACAGCAACAGGAGCCUGUGCAAAGAGGAUUGGUCAGUACACUUUGGUGGAGCUGGGCAGUGGUGCAGAACUAUCUAAUGAUGAAGGUCAGGAGAAAAGAUCCGAGUGGGUGUGA